UAUACAUUAUUUGACAUGCAUAGUAGCUCAAAUCAAAACUCAACACUUCAAAAGUCUUAGAACUUCAAACAUGUCACUCUUCACACUCUUCUUGGUUUGCUUUGGUCAAAAAAAUGAACCACGGAUCAACAACACAACCGACACUAACUUGGAGGUUUUGUCUUUAAAGAAACCAAAAAGCAAAACCGAGUCUCCGACAACUCCCACGAUCGUCGUCUCUUAUUUCCCAGUAGGCUCCAACCUUUCCCGUCUAUAAAGAUAUAGGAACUAUGGAAACUCAAAUUUUGUGGUGAUGAUGAGAAGACAAUGACGACAUGACCAAGAAAGGAUAUGAGAUGAGGCUAGAUACUUUUGGUCCAGUCCAAUCUUGUUUUUGUCCUUCUUGUAUAUGUUUGAUUACGUACGUAAUAGACUAAUCAAAGAAUAUGCUUUAUGGUU